AUGGCGUCAGAUGUCAUGAACUACAGCGCCAUCGAGGAAUGGAGGUUGAAGUACGAGGAAGUCGAAGGCGGCCGCAUGCAUUCAUCUCCCGAUGGCCGUAACAUUUGGCGCACAGUGAGAACAUUGGGAAAGGGCUCGUUCGGAACCGUAUGCCUCGAAGAGUGCACAUCAGGCCCACAACACAAGACGUUGCGUGCCGUCAAGGCCAUCGCCAAUCACUCCCUGACCGGGCAAGCAAAACAACGUGAAGUCCAUGCGAUGAUCACCUUUUCUGAUAAACAGAUUCGAGAGUACCAAGAGCACUUUGUCCAAUGCUCUGGUUGGUUCAAGGAUGACGGCCAUCUCUACAUUGCCAUGGAAUUUGUUCCCCAUGGUAAUCUUCAGGACUACAUCAACACAAAGCAACCCAUACCAGAGGCUGACGCCGCUGUGAUCACGGCCCAAGUCGCUCAGGCCCUACAAUACAUGCAUCAGAAGAGCUUUGUCCACAGAGACUUGAAACCAUUGAAUAUACUGGUCCACAAUCCAGCCCCGGAGUGGCAUGUCAAGAUUUCUGAUUUUGGUCUUGCUAAGAAUACCGAUGGGUCAUUGCUUGCAACGCAAAACGUUGGCAGUCAUGGCUAUGUUGCGCCAGAAGUACUGAGACGGUCGAAAAGUUCCUAUACGGCCGCUGUGGACGUAUGGUCACUAGGAGCUAUUGCCUACUGCCUGCGGACCGGGUCGCCCCCUUUUCCUGAUGUUUACAAACUGGUUGAUUAUGCCAAUGGUCGCAGAAAAUUCCCUCAUCUGAGUAUUGACAAAUCUAGUGGUUAUUUUUGUGUUGAUUUUGUGAUCAAUACCAUGCGCGUCGAAGCGCAGAAACGAUUGACCAUUGAGCAAUGCAUAGCUCACGACUGGCUAUCACGAAGUCACGACAUUGUCGAUGAGUCCGUCUUCUUCUGUUGUGUAUCGAUGACGAGAAGGGCUAAUAUUUUGAGUAGCAGCGACACGGCUUCUGAAGUCAACAGAGAUUCGGUUUUCGACAUUGAUGCAAAGGGGACUUGGGGAUCUACGAGUACUGAGGCAACAAAGAUGUCUUCCACCUACCAGUUUUCAUCAGGAGAGAAAACAAAUCUGCAUGAUAAGAUGUCCUCCAUGACCAUAAGAGACCCCAGCGUCACCGUGAAUGCUAAUGAACCCACCGCUGAUUAUAUUCGCGGUGGCUUUCGGCCGCACAAGUCUGACAUCUUCAUUGCUCUCAUGGGUGUAACGGGUGCUGGAAAGAGCACUUUUAUAUCCAAAUGUACGGAUGCAGAGGUUGAGAUCGGACACGGCUUGGAAUCCUGCACACGAGACGUACGGAUCUAUCAUUGCUCGCGUUUUACUGGUGUAAAUGUCUAUCUCAUCGAUACUCCUGGGUUCGAUGACACCAAUCGGUCCGACAAAGAAGUUUUGCAAGAACUCGCAACAUGGCUCGGGUCCUCAUACCAAGAGCACAUCACGCUGAAAGGCAUCAUCUACCUGCACCGAAUUACAGAUGUACGCAUGCAGGGUUCGGCUCGGAGAAACCUGAUGAUCUUCAAAAGACUAUGCGGGCCAGAUGCUCUGAAAAAUGUCAUUCUUGCCACCACGAGGUGGGAACAAUUGAACGACGAAGAAGUUGGCCGAAAGCGUGAACAGGAGCUGAUGCAGAUUGACGGCCACUGGGGAUGGAUGAAACAGAGAGGAUCUCAGGUGUUACGACACUAUGAUACGUCAAAAUCUGCGAUGGCGCUAUUAGAUAUUUUCGUCAUGUCCCCAAGCCACCCAAUUCCUCUUCAGAUCCAAACUGAAAUGGUUGACAACCAGAGAACAUUGGAACAGACAGGGGCUGGCCAAGAGCUGGAGCGAGCAAUUGCAGAAGAACGCGAAAGAUCUUCGAAAGCACUCGAGGAACUGAAAAGCGAGAUGAGAGAGGCACAGGCUGCACGUGACAAAGAAGCAGCUGAGAUGAUACGCCAGACACAAGAAGAACUGACUGACAAGAUUCGCAGGCUCGAAGCUGACCGCGAAGAUCUCAAAAUGUCGUUGGACACAAUGUACAUGGCGAGAAUUGACGAAUUGGAGAGGAGGAUAAAGAAUCAGGAGCGAAAGGAUGAGGAGCGAAAAGACCAGGAGCGAAAGGAUCAGGAGCUUACGUUUCCAGAACCACCAGAUCCCAAGUCUCCUCCACAGAGGCAAUUUGAAAUCCGUGUUGGGGAAAUAUUCAGGAUUGGCCGCAAGAUCGGAGGCAGUUCCCUCGACAGCGCCGUCUACUAUGGAACUAACAUCUUGUCUGGCGCAGAGGUUGCCAUCAAGCUUGAGACUGACACGACAAGGCUCCGCAAGCUCCACCGCGAGGCACCAGUGUAUAAAACGCUUGCCGGAGGCGUUGGUGUUCCCCAUGUCCACUGGAGCGGCACCGAGUUGGACCGCACAGCUCUAGUACUCGAUAUGCUUGGCCCAUCUUUGGAGGAUCUGCUCCAGUUCUGCAACGGUAAAUUCAGUCUGAAAACGACGCUGCUAUUGACAGAUCAGCUCCUCUCACGUCUUGAAUACAUACACUCUAAAUCCAUUAUUCACCGUAACAUUAGUCCAGAGGUUUGUCUAAUGGGCAUUGGAAACGGUGAAGAUCAGGUCCAUGUGAUCGAUUACAGUUUAUCCAAGAAAUACAGAGAUCCAGCAACCCACGUCCACAUUCCGUACAGAGAAAACAAGAAACUGUAUGGUGAUCCUCGAUAUGCGUCCAUAAAUGCCCAUCUUGGUGUCGAGAAAUCUCGUCGUGACGAUUUGGAGUCCUUGGGCUACAUGUUGCUCUAUUUCCUCCGUGGUAACCUGCCUUGGCAAGGCCGAUCGGCUAGUACCAUCCAAGAAACGAAGCUCAGCACCCCUACCGAGGUACUUUACCGUGGCUUUCCUAAAGAGUUUGCCACCUACAUGAACCACGUUCGAUCUCUGCCUUUCCAUCAUCAUCCCGAUUACUCCUACCUGCGCAAAAUAUUUCGUGAUUUGUUUGCUAGUGAGGGCUUCCAGUACGACUACGUUUUCGACUGGACGGUACACAAGUACGCUCAGGCCAACUCGAACUAA